AAUGUAAUUUGAUGUAGUUUUAUUCGAAAAAUUUUCAAAGCGUAACUAUUUGUAUCACCCGUUCUUCUGCUAUGAACAGUUCCCCCAUUCGUAAAUAAAUAAUUAAAAAUAAGGAAUAGAUAUUUUUUUGACAUUCUACAUUCUCUGCAGCAUCUUCAGCAUCUUUCGCAAAUUGUUUGUUUUCUAUUGUUGAGGACAAAAUCUUUAUAUUGUGAAAAAAUUUAAUGAAUUUAAAAAUGAAAUAAUCAGUAUUAUUUAAUAUCGGCGAAGGGUUUGUGGGUGUGUUUACUUGGGCGAAGUUUAAAGUGAAUUGAUUUAUCACAAUUUGACUUGCUUGUUAAAUUAUCCAAAUGGGCCAAACAAAGAGCCAGUUCUCCGAUGAAGAGCUGCAAGAUUAUGAGGACUUAACAUUCUUCUCAAAGAAAGAGAUUCUUCUCGCACAUAAAAAAUUUAAAAGCCUUGCCCCCGAGAAAGUUGGACACAACAAGAAUGCCAAAUUGUCAAUGAGCAAGAUUUUGCAAUAUCCGGAAUUGCGAGUAAACCCUUUUGGUGAUCGGAUAUGCAAAGUGUUUAGCUCAAGUGAAGAUGGUGACAUGACUUUUGAAGACUUCUUGGACAUGAUGAACGUAUUCAGCGAUGCUUGUCCAAAAAAGUUAAAAGCGGAGUAUGCUUUUCGUAUUUGGGAUUUCGAUGGGGAUGAUAUGCUGGGUGUUUCGGAUUUGAAGCAAGUUAUAGAACGUUUAUGCGGCUCCGAAAAUAAGUUAGAUGAUUGUGAUAUGAAAGAAAUCAUACAUUGCAUUUUAGCGGAAGCAGACUUCGAUGAUGAUGGAGCAUUAUCAUUUCCCGAAUUCGAACAUGUCACUGAUAAGUCUAGGGACUUCUUGAACUCUUUUCGCAUAAGACUUUAAAAAGCACAAAAUCAUUGCCAGCAGACGGCGGAUUGAAAAGAAAAAUUAGUUUUUUUAUACCCUAAUAUUCUGUAUAUGUUCCUUUUUGCUAAGUUGUUGUAUUUGAAUCUCAAAUUUAAUUUUAAAUAAUUUGUCUUAUAAUAAUUUAUUCCAGCUCCAUAUAUGGAUCUUAAAAAAGUUACUCGUUACCCGCACUGGAAUGAAAUUAAAUAUUUUUAUUAUUUGCAAUGCACAUUUCAUGUGUAACAUGAGUAUUAAAUAAGACAUUGAAGUAUGAAUGUUUUUUUUUUUUUGUCUUCAAUGAGUUCUAAUUGGCUUGUACGCACAUGCAUAUAUUGAAUGUGGUUUUAAUAUUUUUAAGUUGAAGGUACUGAUGUGAUUUCGGAAAAUCCAAUUGCCACAUGUGCUGUAGUUUAAGAAAACUAUAAUAUUCAAAAGAUGUAUUUAUACACUUCCAACACGCAUUUAUGGUAUUGUAUUGCAAAAAAUUUGAUAAAUAAAGUUUUUCCUUCAAUAAAAA